UUAAGCGCAGGGCGCCACCCCUGCCGCCCCGCCUCCCGCUAGGCCUGGGUCGGGUGGACGGCGGGGUCGGGUCCACGCGAUCCCCGAUGGAGUUGCGCAUCCUGGAGCACCGGGUGCGGGUGCUGAGCCUCGCCCGCCCCGGGCUCUGGCUCUACACGCACCCGCUCGUCAAGCUGCUCUUCCUGUCCCACCGCAGCCGGUGCAAGUUCUUCAGCCUGACCGAGACGCCCGAGGACUACACGCUCAUGGUGGACGACGAGGGCUUUAAAGAGCUGCCCCCUUCCGAGUUUUUGCAAGUGGCUGAGGCCACGUGGCUGGUGCUGAACGUGUCGUCUUCCAGCGGGGCGGCGGUGCAGGCCGCCGGGGUCACCAAGAUCGCCCGCUCCGUCAUCGCGCCACUGGCCGAGCAUCACGUGUCCGUGUUGAUGCUGUCCACCUACCAGACGGACUUCAUCCUGGUGCGGGAGCAGGACCUGUCCGUGGUGAUCCACACGCUGGCCCAGGAGUUCGCCAUUUACCGUGAGGUGGGCGGGGAAGCUGUGCCUGUUGUCAGGGACGAUUCCAGCAACGGCUUCCCCCGCGCCCAGCAUGCAGGGCCCAGCCCCACGGUGCACCCCAUCCAGAGCCCCCAGAACCGCUUCUGUGUCCUCACCGUGGACCCCGAGACGCUGCCGGCCAUCGCCAUCACCCUCAUCGAUGUCCUCUUCUACUCCCACAGCACGCCCAAGGAGCCCGCCUCGGGUUCCCUGGAGUCCAGCUCCAUCCCGUUCUUCGCCUUCUCCCUCAUUGAGGGCUACAUCUCCAUCGUCAUGGACGCCGAGACACAGAAAAAGUUCCCCAGCGACCUGCUGCUGACCAGCUCCUCCGGGGAGCUGUGGAGGAUGGUGCGCAUCGGCGGGCAGCCGCUGGGCUUCGAUGAGUGUGGCAUCGUGGCCCAGAUCGCUGGGCCCCUGGCGGCCGCCGACAUCUCUGCCUACUACAUCAGCACCUUCAAUUUCGACCACGCCCUGGUGCCAGAGGAUGGAAUUAGCAACGUCAUCGAGGUGCUGCAGCGGCGGCAGGAGGGCCUGGCCCCAUGAGGCCCCGCGGGGGGGGGGGAGGGGACCAGAGCUGGCUUCCUGCCCCUCCCUCAUGCUCCCCCCACCCCCGGGAGUUGGGGGGGUUCCAAAGACUUCUCUAAGCUAUUUCUUCAAGCUCUGGGAUGAGCGCCCCCCCUUCCUGCUAGGGGGCCCCUCACCCUGCUGUCCGUAUGUAUAAGCUGUGCCCAUGCACACCAGCCCGCACGUGGACACGGGUGCGUGCCCACGAGUGGGGUGGGCAGGUGGCAGUGGGAACACGGUGCUCGGGGGAUCCGCCCCUCAACCCAGCCCUGCCUGUGCUGCCCUGGCCUUUGCACAGUCCCCGCCUGAGGCCUGAGCCAAGCCCCUCGCUGCCCUCCCAGGGCCGGCUGCCCCCCUGGGCGGGGCUCUGAUGUCCGUUCCUGCCUCCGGCCGGGAUGCCUUCCCCGGCCAGGCGGCUUCUAGCAGUGCCUGACUCCUUCCAGGGCUUCCAAGAAAGUCUUUUUUACAUUUAUCGCUUUUUUUUUUUUUUUUUAAUCGACAGUUAAUAAAGGA